AUGCCCUACUUCGACAUGCGCCAAACACGAAGUACCAAUCGGACAACCGUCCUCAGUGUCCUCCUGAUAGUGGUCUUCAUUUACUUUCUCUACAGCAUCCACCACACCUCCGUUGACCCUACCGAAUUACGACAACGAAAAUCAGACGCCGCAGCAGAUAAUCCCCUUUCUCCUCCCACUUCAGCCUUCCGCAAACAACCCAAUUCUCCAAAUUCUCAUGGUGUCCGCCGUCCUCCUCCGGUUGUACAUUAUCAACUCAAUAGCCUUACGGCGUCAGCAUUUCCUGCGCAGAAGAAUGAAAAGAUCCUCAUCCUCACCCCUCUUACCCGAUUCUAUCCUGAAUACUGGUCCAAUCUCGUCGCCCUGACCUAUCCACAUGAGCACAUCAGUUUAGGCUUUAUCACACCCAAGACAAAAGAAGGAAAUGCCGCCACUGCAGCGUUACAAGAAGCCAUCAAAGAAACCCAGUCGGGUCCGGAAGAAGAGCGCUUUCAAUCUGUGACUAUCCUGCGGCAAGAUUUCGAUCCGCCUAUAAUCUCACAAGAUGAAAAGGAACGACAUAAGAUGCAAAAUCAAAAGGCCCGCCGGGCAUCCAUGGCUCGCGCGAGGAAUAGUCUCCUCUUCACCACCAUUGGUCCACAUACAUCUUGGGUGUUAUGGUUGGAUGGAGACAUCAUCGAAACUCCCCCAACCCUGAUUCAAGACCUUGCCAGCCACGACAAAGACGUCAUUGUACCGAAUUGUAUGCAGCGAUUCAUCAAUGAGAGAGGGGAGCCCGAUGUUCGACCAUACGAUUUCAACUCGUGGCGAGAUAGCGACAUGGCACAAGAACUCGCUAGCAUGAUGGGCCCUGAUGACAUCUUACUUGAAGGGUAUUCUGAAAUGCCGACAUAUAGAACACUGAUGGCAAUGUUGGCCAAGACGGGUGCCAAUCAUGACGAACGACGACUGAUGCCCCUAGAUGGUGUUGGUGGGACUGCUUUACUGGUGAAGGCGGAAGUUCACAGAGAUGGAGCCAUGUUUCCUGCUUUUUCAUUCUAUCACCUCAUAGAGACAGAAGGGUUUGCAAAGAUGGCUAAACGACUUGGAUUUGAAUGUUGGGGCCUGCCUGAUUAUUUUGUGUACCACUACAACGAAUGA